AUCUGCGCUGGAUGCUGCCCAUUUCUUAUUUCUCAAGUGUGAAGAAAAGAAAGGUGGACGUUGGCUUUUCCCGCUGGAGACCCCCCCCACCCUUGAGUUCCAUCAUGGCCGCCGUUGGUCUCACCCAAGUUUGCUUCGGGUGGCGCCGUUGUAUGGAAGGAGACGGGCGGCGCGCUUCGGGGAGGCCACCUCUGCCCCGCCUGACGGCUCCAGUUACGCCAACGCACCCACGGCGCCUCGGCCCCCAAAGCCCCGAGCGGCCGGCCCCGACGACCCGUCACCUCCGACCUCCGACCCGCCCCGGUGUGGGUGUCGCGCGCCCAGCUGGAUGAGGCGAGCCACCAGGGGCUGCAGUGACACCGUGUGGCCGGGCGAGGAGCUGCAGCAGCAACCAACGGACUUGGAAUAUGAGACAGGUAAGCAGAUCGAAGUGGCUGAAUUUUUGUUUGCGCAAGUGUGCGUUCGUGUGUGGGCGGGUCUUUUCGUACGGCGGCCGCCCGUACGUGUCGGCGGCGUCACGCUCGGUUUGCGCUGACGUGUGCGUGCGACCUGCGCGUCUUGUUGGGGAAUGCGGUUCGAGGCCUCACCCGGACUUGACCCCGACGCAGAAGACGAAUACGUGGGGGGAAGAAAAGCGUCCGUGCGUUACCUCGAGCCCAGAAGAAACCGCCGCCGCCGCCGCCGCCCGUGAUUGACAGCUCACUUUAUUUCCCUCCUCCUGACUUUGUUGAUUCAACGGGCGCUGUUUGUUUUUGACGGAACGGCGGGCAGCUUGUGACCCCUCCCCACCAUCGCUCCAAGGGCUCCCCCUCUGCGGCGGAGGCGCCCGGCUGGCCACGCCAUGAGCGACAGGCGAAGAGGAGGCCGGAGAGUGGAUGAGAUCAAAUGGAAAGAUAAGCCAGGAGGAGAAAUGGGGAAGUGGAUGGAUUGGGGGGGCGGGGGGGCUCAGUGAGGGUGGGGGAGGAAGAGUGAUGUUGUUGAUAGGAAACGGGAGAGGAAGGUGGCGGCCAUUUUCUUCCUGCCGCUAUCAGCGGACGUAUGUUACCGUGACAACACGGAGACAUCCACAAUAGUUUAGCGACUUUGUCAUGUUGACGCAAAGAAAGAGCCGGAAUGGCCGCCAUGACAAAACGGCGCCUCCGUUUUGUGACUUGGCUUUUUUUCACAAAAUUCACAAAAUUGACACACUGUCACGCCAAGUAAAACGUCGCAUUGCGGAUCGAUGGCAUCCAAAGUCCAACUCCAGCUAGGAUGUCGCCUAAUGGACCGAGCCAGAUCUAAUCACGUCCUCUCCAGCUUUCUGUGGACCGACAAUAUUUGGCGCGACAUGAAAUUUCAUCCGCCGAGCAGCGCCGCGCGUGCGCCGUCCGUGCGAUGACUCGCUCAAUAAUUCACUAGCUUGCUUCGGCCACACGCCGGGCGGCCAUGUCAGUUAAACCCAACACGAGGAUGUGCAAGGGUACGAUUCACCAGGAUUUUAUUUGCCGGACUACAAUCUAGAAGUGAUUUUCUCAGCACCCCUAUGUGUCAGACCCCGAGAGAGAGAAAAACCUGGAGCCGUCCGUCCCUGCUCGCUGGACCGGUGCGGAUUCAAAGCCUCGGCCGGCGCUGAGAAUCGAUAAGUGGGUCCGAGACGGAGACCCGCGCGGUGCGGUCCGGUCGGGUCCUGCCCUCAUUAAUGUGCUGAAUGCGAUUAGCAGCUUAUCAGAAGGACGGCAGGAGCCGCCCUCCAUAUCUCCACGGGCUUCCUGCGAUGCCAGCGACAGAGUGGAACAGUAAUGGCCGCUUGACGGACAACAUCGAUACGGAUCCAGUUCGUUAACAUUGAAAACAAAAAGGGAAUAGAUAGAAAUAGAUGUGACUACGAAAAAGUUUCACUCAAUCAGCACACCGCAACAAAGGCCCACCGCGGCCCUCGCUCACCCACGAGCAGACGUUCAAGUCGAACAGCCAUUUAGCGGUGCGACGGGGCCCUCGUGCGGACAAAUUGUAGUACUGCAUCGGGACUUUGAGGCCUCGGUGACAUCAAAUGGGAAACUGAUGCUUUGAGUCAUUGCUAGUCGAAUGGUUUGCGAAACAUUUCCCUCUACAAUGUUUCCUUCUUGCGUCCAAUCCAAACACGGCAACCUCGGACUUUUCCUUGCAAAUAUAUGCCACGAGACUAGAACAUGAGACAUGUUUUACUUUUACACGGUCACUGAUUGUGACUUUUCUUUCCGAGAAGGUCAAUGAUUCCCUCGGUUGUUCCGACUCACUGAGUGUACUCUUGAUGACAUGUCAGCAGCACACUUGCGAAAGGAACAAGCCGUGCGCAUGAAAAAUAAAAUAAUAAUAAUAAUAAUAAUAAAUCAAGAGAAGACGUGUAUUUUCUUUCGUUUGAGCAACACGCCCUGCAGUGUCGCCAAUUUUCUGGCACCUUUGUUGUCUUUUUGCCCUCAGGAGGGAACUUUGACCUGCCGUCUCGGAACGAUCGGGCUCAACAUGAUGCGUGCAAAACGUGAAGGCAAGCGUGGCGAAAAAAACCCGAAGGAGCCUCAGAGCUCCAAAGGGCAGCAACGACCUGUUCCGGGGAGGUUUAACCGUUGAUUGAGAGACGCAGACGAUCACUUGUUACAUUACGUCGCAUUCGUCCAGCAUGGGGAGCUGAUUUUGUUGUUCUUCAAGUUCCGGUCUUAACUUUCGGACGCACGCGCCGUGAAGGACGCUCUUUACACCGUCGUCCUUCAUGUCCCAGGCCACCCCGCCAGCCAUUCUUUCCGUUGCGCCCACGCGAGCCCUGAUGGACGAGGCCAUCGGGGUGCGGGUGGACAAUCUGCCUCCCGGAGCUCCGGUGACCCUGCGCUGUCUGCAUCACUCGGAGGACAAGGAUUACUGGGAGGCGUACGGGCACUACGUCAGCGACGCCGCAGGAGUCGUGUCCGUCGCGGACGAUGCGAGCGUAGGAGGAACUUACCGUGGAAAAGAAGCGAUGGGUUUGCUGUGGAGCAUGCGGCCCGUACCCGGGAGCCGCACGGGCCUCAGGCUGCGGAAGCGUAACGUGCGCACCCCCAUGCUCUUCACCAUCUCCGUGUACGGCGGCCACGUCAGCCGCGACUUCGGCAGCCGACGCCCGCUGGCAGAGGAGCUCACCGAGAGGUGGUACAUGGCCCCGGGGGUCCGCAGGCUGGAGCUCAAGGACCGAGGCGUUCGAGGGACCCUCUUCAUCCCGUCAGGUCCGGGACCCUUCCCGGGGCUGCUGGACAUGUGGGGGGGCGGCGGGGGCCUGCUGGAGUAUCGCUCGGCCUUGCUGGCGUCGCACGGUUACGUUUCCUUGGCGCUCGAGUAUUUUACACCCGGCGAGCUGGCGAGCGGCGAUCUGGAGCUCAAGUACUUUGAGGCGGCCUUUGAGCUGAUCCAACAGCAUCCCGCCGUUGUUGCUGACAAGGUGGGAAUUUUUGGCCUUUCCUUGGGCGGCAUGGUGGCCAUCCACAUGGCGGCCGAGAGCACCGUUGUCAAGCCUGCCUGUUGCAUUUGCAUCAGCGGCAGCCAUCUUUACCGACGCGACCAACCCAGGUGGAAUGUCCAGCAGCCGAGGUUGGAGAGCGAUCGCAAGGUGCACGUGGACGAGGAACAGAACGUGAUCUUGCGAGACAUCAACCUGCCCAUCUCCAGCGACCUGUCGGGAAAAACGGACGUGAGGAGAAUAAACUGUCCUCUCAUGUUGGUCAUCGGCCAGGACGACCAGAAUCAUCCGACUGCGCUGUAUGCCGAGGAUAUGGAGCGGAUGAUGCGUUCGGUGGGCAAGGAGCACCUGCUGACCCGCCUGGAGUAUCCCGACGCGGGACACCUGAUCGAGCCGCCGUACUCGCCUCACUUCCGAGCCACCAACUUCAUGUGGCACUCCAAGAAGGCCAAAGUCACCAUGCUGUGGGGAGGUCAGCCCAAAAGCCACUCGGACGCCCAGGAGGACUCGUGGAAGAAGAUGUUGGCCUUUCUGCGCCAGCAUCUCUACUCGCCGCACCUUCCAAGAGCCAGGAUGUGAAGUCCCGGGUGGCGUCCUUUCCUCUCUCGUAUGGACACGCGCUUGUUGUGCUUGGACACGCCCCCGCCCCAACGAGGUACGCCUGAACGCAGCGUUGGCGCCAUGUGCUAAUUUAGCCGCAAACUUGACAAUGAC